CGAGUGGAUGAGGGAAGGGCAAAGUGGUAAAACGCGGGCAAAUGAAAACAAACGUUUAAGUUGAUUCUAUCCUUAUUUUAAAUCCAAAAUCCAGGUUCAGAGUUGGAGCUCGACAUUCUCUCUGGAUCCGUCCCUCAAAACCAAAAAGAAAAACAGAGCAAACCAUAUAGUAACCGCACCCCUUUCUCCCUUAUCUGAUCGUAAAUAAUGGCUGAGAAUGGAAAUGAGAACGUUAUUCGGUAUGAAGAAGGAAUGUCGUGUCUUCUUCCCGCAAAUGCUUUUGACCAGCAACAAUCAUGCUUGCAAGAGAAGUUGAGAUAUCAAAAGCACCACCAAUCCGAGCGGCACUACUCAAAAUCACCAGCAGCGGAUAAUUCGCAUUGGAAGUCCGGCCAGCUGGGAAACCAAAGAACCAGAAAUGGGGGGUCGUCGAACACGAAAUGGGCAAUUGGUGGUCCUGGAAUGCAAGCCCUGUUCUUGGAUUCUGGGCAACGAUCCUGCGGAACAGGAGUGUUUCUCCCUCGAAGAGCAGGAACCCACUUUCCAUCAUCCAAUAGGCCAGCCUGCCCUCCUGUUCUCCUUCCGUCCCGCGUCGUUCAGGUCCUCAACCUUAAUGUCCACGAACUUGGCUUCCAGUCCAGGCCCCAACAACAAGAGCGUACUGGCAAGCAAUCCAAUGCUGGUGGUAAGAAAGAGAACAUUAAUGCAGCAGCCGGAGUGGGAAGCGGAGGCGGCCAGUGUUGUUCGCCGGAGAUUUUUCUCCCGAAGGAAUGGACUUACUAGCUUGGCUGGCUUUAUACCUCGUACAGAACACUGACCAGAACCUGCAACUCGUUUCAGAUUGAUUGCUGCUGACCACGUGCCUUGCGGUGAAUUAAAAUAUAGUUUAAAUAAUACCAGCAGCAGCCAAAAGAAAUAAAUUAUUUAGAAAUGCUGAAUUGCAUAGGUUUUCAUUCUUUUUGCACGAAAGAAGUAGAUGGUACAUAAAUUAUUUAGUUCUUGAUUUUUAUUUUUUUUGAGGAAAGAUUAGUUAUUGACUCAAUUCACAAUAGUCUGUAAUUAAUUUACCGUUAUGAAUUCCAUUCGAUCGAUUGUAUCCGUUUUCGGAAUAAGGUUGAUGUAUGUUACAGAUGCGCCCGAACAAGAGACGAACUCCUCUGCCAUUCAAGACUUCUAGCAAUAAAGUCCAUCACCGUGCAUGGAUCAUUGGAUGGACUCGACUCACCUGGGCCUGGGGGUAUGAUGCAUGAGAGCAAUGAUACUGUCGUUGCCCAUGCCCAUUUGAGUAUUGUAUGAUUUUUUUUCCCCAUAUUUGUUUUCUUUUUAUUUCAUUUUCUUUCUCUUCACCCUCUACCUUUACAAUACUCUUGCACAAUCUGGAGAAUAGA